AUGGCUGCUUCCGGUGCUGAUGCCCGUUGCGACAGUGUGACGGUCAGACUCCAGCAUGCAGAAAUUGUCUUCGCGCAAAUAGAGGAUCCCUCGACCAAACGCCGACAUCCACGAGGCUACAUAGAGUUCUUGGAGCAGCACAACUCCUCGCUCGAGAACCAUGUCGCUUUCCUCGAACGCACCAUAAGGGACAGCCGGCCUGACGUUGAUCUGGACCUGCUUCAAAAUGGCUCGGCUACAUGGAAUGGAAACGUUCGACAAGAAGACGGCAAUGCUGUUGUCGCCGCGGCGUCAGAGGUCUCGGGCGACUAUGCGCUUCAGACGAGCCCCUCGCAAGGCACUGCCUCCAAUGCGAGUCCGUCAGAAGCCGUCACCACCGACCAGGCGACGGACGACUCGUCCAGUCUCGAGCUGUUAUGCCUACGGUCGGCUGGAGCUGAACCACACUUUUUUGGCGCAUCCUCGGGGUAUUCAUUCACCAAGAUGUUCUCUGCCAGCCUGCGAUCAGUCCGUGAACAAGCUCCUGGCUUGACCCUGUCCGGCAUUGUGGAGAAAACCUGCGUGAAACGAACGACACCGACCCCGGCACCUUUGCCGAACAGACCCAUUGUAAAUAUGUUGACGACGGCCUACUUCGAACAGGUGCAUCCCCAGUUCCCUUUCCUGCACCGACCGACGUACGAGAAAUGGGAGGAAGAGGUGCUGGCCGCUUCAGAGUCAGGAAAAACUCCCAAUCCAACAUAUGCAUUCUUCGUCUACGCGCUCUGUGCCGUAGGGGCCUUGACAGGCCCACUGGCUGGAGCUACAUUACCCGAGGGUCUCUAUGCAGCAGCAGAGAAUCUGUUCGAGCAUGUGAUGCUACAAAACUCCCUGGAGUCUAUCCAAGCAAUCCUAGCUUGCGCAAUGUACUCGCUCCGGUCGCCGGUUGGUGUUUCCGUCUGGAUGCUCUCCGGCCUGGCACUCCGUCAGUGUCUAGAACUGGGGUUGCAUCGCAAAAUCCGCUGGUCUAAAAUGAAACCCGAUCUCGUCAAAGAUGAGCUUCGCAAAAGAGUGUUCUGGUGCGCCUACAACCUGGAUCGAGCGGUGGCAAUCACACUCGGUCGUCCUGUGGGCAUUACUGACCACGAUAUUGAUGUCGAGUUUCCUUCGGAUAUCAAUGACGAGGACAUCACUAUCGAUAGACUCCUCCGAGAGCCUCGACGAUCACAUACUGAACCUGCCACGACUGUAUCUUCUGCGAUACACACUAUCCGUCUCCGCCAGCUUUGGGCCAAGAUGCAGAGCGUGGUAUAUACUCAGGUGGGGGCAGAAGCGUCCAUAGGCAUCGUGGAAGCGAUGAAAAAGGAGUUCACCAUGUGGCUGGAGUCGGCGCCGGAGCAACUGGCCUCGAAUCGGAUGAACAACAACGCCUUCGCGUCGAGGGAGUGGUUUUCACUCAUGUACCACCAUUCCAUCCUUCUCCUCUACCGCCACCGACUGGUCCAGCCUCGUGGCGUGUCGACAUCCGCGUCGGUCUUCACCGAUUGCGCCCAUUCCUCCCAGGCAAUCUGCAUGAUCUACAAACAGCUGUACCUGAGCCAGCGCCUUAACGACACAUGGGGAGCUCUGCACGUGCUCUUCCUGGCCGGAGUCACCUUCUUGCACUGUCUAUGGUCAAGUCCCGAGACUAGGGCGGCAUACCGACCGGAUAAGGUGUCGACCAUCUGCACGUCAAUCAUGAUAGUGCUGGCCGUCAUGUCUGAGCGCUGGACGGCGGUCGAGGCCUAUCGUGAUUCCUUUGAGAUGCUCUCCACCGCUACGCAGACGAUGCUGUAUGAGAUCUCAACGGCCUCGGCGGCCUCGACGGCCCCGAGCGGGCCUGUGAUAUCUUCAGAAGGGGGCGAUCAGUUUACAGACUACCUGUCGUAUAUGACGGAAAUCGGCAUGUGCGCUACGGUGGAAGAGUUACUUUCAACCAUGGUGGAAUAG